AUGUACGAGCACUCCAUGAAAAGAGCUGGUUUAGUUUUCAACCGCAUCUUAUACUCUAACACCAGAGUCGCCCUUCCAGCAUUCCCAGGAGCAAACGAGGGUAAAUUCAGACUUUAAUACAAAGUGAAGUUCUUCGAGAAUGGAAAGGAGAGUCACAGAAAGAUCUACUAAUCUGCUAAUCUCGAUGAAUUAUUCCCCUCAAGAAAAUGA